CUUCCCUUCCGAGUGCAACAAAGCAAAAUCAAUCCCGACGUUUCCAACGAACCGUCUCAGACGAAUUUCCGGCCUGGCACUCUGAUAUUUCUCCGGUAGCGGUUGUUCAGCGUCAUUGACGAUCAAGACUUCGAUAAGCACAUCGUCGCUCCACAGCGCAGGGAGGCUGCGUUCAUCUGCCAUCAUCGACAUCACGCCGUGGAUCAAAGCAUUAAACCUACAACCCAGUGCAUCAACGCCAACACAAUUGCCUACGAUCUAAAAGUCUGCCGGCACCUUUGUCGUUAUCAUCGGAAUGGAUCCUACCAACACCAUCAACGUCCUCAUUACCAGUAUAGCCGGCACCGGCCUCCCACCCACUCUAACCUUCGCCCUCCCCGCCACAACAACCGUCACUGAGCUGCGCGACCGGCUCCUCUCCCGGUUGCCUGGCUCCCUGGAAUCAGCUGCCACCUUCCGCUUUCUCCUUACCACCAAUUCCAACAAACAACUCCCUUCCUCCUCCACUCAGGCCCUCUCCUCCCUCCUGCCAGGUCUCGAAAACAAUGACUUUCUCCCCCUCCGCCUCUCCCUCCCGCUCUGCGGCGGCAAAGGCGGUUUCGGUUCUCAGCUUCGCGCCCAAGGCGGGCGCAUGUCUUCAAAACGCAAGAAAAACGGCUUGCAAGGGGAAGACAACGGAUCCUCGCGUAACCUAGAUGGACGACGUUUGCGGACCAUCACAGAGGCCAAGGCGUUGGCCGAUUACCUGGCCAUCAAACCCGACAUGGAGAAAAAAGAAAAAGAGAAGCGAAGGAAGCGGUGGCAGCAAAUUGUAGAGCAGACGGAAAAGCGGCAGGAGGAGAUCAGGCAUGGGAAGGCAGGAGGUGGGGGAUUCAUGUUGGAUGGUAAGUGGGUGGAGGAUAAGGAGGAGCUGGAUGAGAGAACGAGGGAGGCGGUUAUGACGGCUCUGAAGAAGGGCGCGUACACGGAUAAUCUGUCGAUGUUGGCGGCUACGGCGGCUGCGGCGAAUGCAGCGAAUCCUGGGGAGGGCGGUUCGGCGAGUGGGAGUGGGUCGUCUUCGGGUGGUGAAGCGAUGAGUGAGGAUGAAAAGGAGAGUGAGCGGGAUGGUGCGGCUACACCACCAUCGGAGCCGGAGCCGGAACCGAAGAUGGUGGUGGACAAGGAAAAGCUUAAAGGCAAAGAGAAGGAAACGGUGCAGCCAAAGGCGCAGAUCAAGACCUUCGCUGGCUUUGAUGACGAUGAUGAGUUUAUGAGCUCUGAUGAUGAGUGAGAGUUCGAUGGAAGAUAUCAUAGACUCAUGGAGAUCUCGGUGGUGUAAGUUGGGAUGUAACGGGUGAACCUGACUCUCUUGACUGCCUCGGGAAGACAACUCAUAUAUGGCGUUAUCGGGAGUUUGGUUUUGUUUAGAUUGUCUCAUCAUGAGUAGCGAAUAGGGAUAAAGGGGGUUUUCAUGAUACCACAUACUAUACAUAUAGGCCACAUCAUACAAAGCCUAGUGAAAUACCGAAUUUAGUUCAAUGAAGGA